ACACCUUUCAGUGGGAAUCCUCGGUUCAAAAAGCUGCCAACGUCCCCUCGUGAGAGAGUGUGGGUCUGUUUCUGCUUUCACUGUGACUCGAGACGACAAAAACCGGACCGAAAUAUGCUCUCCAUAAACGUUACACGGGUUUAUUUUCGUUGACUCAUAGGAAGUUUCUAAAUUUUUAACUGCGCUGAAGUUCGAGCCAAACUGAAAAAGAAGAAGACACAAAACAGCAACAAGUCGUGCAGGUGGUAGACCACACGUUGACCGGGGAACCAGAUCACAUCCAGACCUUCUCGUCUCACCUGAGCCCAACAAGAAAGAUUAAAAUGUCCGUGGAGAGUUAUUCGGCGCUGGAUGAGUCCUCUCUCCGAGCCUUGCUGGAUGGAACCGUGGAUCUGGACGAGAGGCGCCUCAUCCGUUCAGCCAUCCGGGAGUUAAGGAGCAGGGAGAUCGAGGACAUGGAGGCCGCUCUGGCCAGCAAGAGAUUUCGACCCACACGCCUCAAACAGCAGGAGGACAAGGAGAACCAGCACAGGUCAGAAUCCAGCGCCAACUUGGACGUCCUGUCACGAAAACUGCAAUCAAUCCAGGACAUUGAUGAGCUCACGAAAAUGCUCCGUGCCGCCAGCGAGUAUGAGGAGAGGAAGAUGAUCAGAGCAGCAAUCCGACAAGUCCGAGAUGAACAGCAGCAAGGGACUGUGGAGCGGGGUAAAGCUCAGGGUCGCUGCCUGGAGCCUGAGAGUGUGGAGCCCCAGAGUAGCAUGGGAACUGGGUUGACCGAGCGGGAGAGUCACAGUGAGCGAGAGCGUAUCAGAUCUCCGAUCCGGGAGUUACACGGCCAGCAGACACAACAAAGCAGAGAGCUGCAGAGAAGAGGCUCAAACUCAGGCAUGGUGUUGGUUCUGGAUCACCUGGUGAAGGACGAUGGCCCUGGACCUCUGCUGAUCCAGCCUCAGAGAGAGGCUGCUACAACAGAGCCUGACCUGGUCCUGUCUCAUCAUCAAAGGUCCGACUCCUCAGCUUCAGACCGCAGUGUGACCUCUGUGCUUUCAAUGCCCAAUCUGGAUUCUGUGGCCUCAGAGAAGAGUGUGGGCUCAGCCUACAGAGCCCGGCUGGACUCUGGAGCCUCAGACAGAAGCCAGAGUCCCUUACAGCGUGGUCGGCUAGACUCUGGGGCAUCAGAGCGAAGCCUCAGCUCCCUGUCUUACGUCAGACAAAGACUGGGCUCAGAUGUCUCAGACUCUGUCAGACCGCGUCUGGGCUCUGGGGCUUCAGACAGCAUUGGUCUUUUGUCACGGAAACGGACUGACUCGGGUACAUCUGACCAGAGUGUCAGUGUGUCCUCUGAGGACAGAAGUCCAGCAGAGAAGGUGGAGGUCGCCACGAGUGGUUCAACUUCCAGCACAGAUUCAGAAACCGAAAGCGGAAGCCAAGGUCCAGCCAGCCUCAAUGCUCGGUCCAAUCAGGACCGCAUCAUUGACCAGGAGCAGCCUGAUGGGGCUGUUUUUUCCAGGAGAGAUCCUGCAAAUGGCCUGCUCAACGGUAGCACCAAGGGAAAAAUCGACAUCCAGAAACAAAAGAUGACAAUUUCCUGCGAUCUGCCUCUCACUCGUGGCAAAGAAAAGGAUUCGGCACCUGAGAAGAAAGAUGUUAUAUUGGAACAAUUCAACCGCACCAACUCUGUACGUGAUCGAAUGCGCAAGUUCACGGAGCCCAGCCAGAGCCCAAACGUCCCAGCUUUGAAGAAAGCUCCUCUAAGAAACGGGACCACCACCGGCAGUAACGGCAUGACAAAUCUCUCCAGAGCCACUGAGCUGUUUACACACACAGCAGCAUCCCUCAGCACAUCUGGAGACAAGCCAGCAGGGCCAUGUGUGGACUCCACUUCCCGCACCCCUGCCGCAUCCCAUAGUCAGGCCAUACCUCAGCCAAGAGGUGUGGCUAACAAACCUCUGUCUUCAGCUAGCCAAUGGCAGAACUCCAUGGGUGGGACGAGGCAUCCAGCUGAAAAAGAUGUGCAUGCCUCCAGUAACUCAAAGGAAGACAGGAGCCCAGGGAGAGCAGCUGGACAGCAGGUCACCCAGGGAGAGGCAGACCCGGACAUGAAGACUUUCCUCACCAUCGAGAUCAAGGAUGGACGUACCACCACCUCCUCUACGUCCUCCCCUCGGGGCAACAUCGUACCCAUCACCAACGUGACCCCACGCAUUACCUCUAAUGCACUGGGACAGCGAGCAGAAUUGACCCUUGGCCUCAGAGCUACACCGUUCAAGAUCUCCUCAUCCAGCCUCUCCUCCGGAUCCUCCAUCAAGAUGGAGACGGAGCCCGUCGUGGCGUCUGAGCCGGUGUUUUCAGCUGGACCGUCUGCCCAGGUGGCGUGUCACGUCCCGGCCAUCCCCAACGGCUCCAGCACUCGGGCCAAACCCGACGAGCGCUCCGGAAAAUUGACUGAAGAACAGCUGGCUGCUAUCGAAGACGAAGAGCUCCUCGACAAAAUGCUCGAUGAGUCGAAAGACUUUGAGGAGAGGAAGAUGAUCCGUGCAGCAAUGAGAGACCUUCGCAAGAGAAAGAGAGAGGCCAUGCUGGGAUGUACUCAAGAGGAGAUAGGUAGGGCAGACCAGAGAGAAAAGGAGCGCGAGACCCGUCUGCAGGAGCUCCGGCAGCAGAGAGAAGAGCGAACACAGAAAGGCCUCGCUGGUGUCGGAGCAGGAGAGGUGGUGAUGAGGAAGGUGGAGAAGUCAGCGGAUGGCUCCAAACUCAGUCAAGUCACCAAGACAGACCGCUUCGCUUCAUCUGAUGAUGGGAGCCGAUCAACACGCAGCACUGUCGUCGAAGCCAGUUAUGUGCAGAAAACAGACAGAGGGACAGUCCAGUCAAAAUCAUUCAGCUACAGCUCUUCCACAUCCUCCUCCUCCUCCAACACAAGCAAAAAAGUGGGCAGUGUGUUUGAUCGCGAGGAUGACACAUCGUCCCGCAGCGGCAGUGGCGGGUUAGCCGCAGUGGAGCGAAGGCAGGCAGAGAGGCGCAAGGAGCUGAUGAGGGCUCAGACUCUGCCGAAGACCUCGGCCAUGCAGGCCCGCAAAGCCAUGAUAGAGAAGCUGGAGAAGGAAGGAGGAGGCCCUGGAAAUCAGGCGGUCGCCAAGGUAAACAAGGUCCAGCGUUCCACCAGCUUUGGUGUACCCAACGCAAACUCCAUCAAGCAGAUGCUGCUCGAUUGGUGCCGUGCCAAGACCCGCUCGUAUGAGCAUGUGGAUAUUCAGAAUUUUUCAUCCAGCUGGAGUAACGGCAUGGCAUUUUGUGCCCUGGUGCACAAUUUUUUCCCUGAAUCCUUUGACUACGCCUCCCUGAGCCCCAGCAACCGCAGGCAAAACUUUGAGGUGGCCUUCAGCACUGCAGAGAGCUACGCCAACUGCAUGCCUUUGCUGGAAGUGGAGGACAUGAUGAUCAUGGGUAAUAAACCCGACUCCAAAUGCGUCUUCACCUACGUACAGUCUCUGGUCAACCACCUGCGCAGAUACGAGAUGUCCAUGGGUCGGCCCUGUGACCUCUGACCUGUGCUCAGUGAGGGUUCAGCCUUGACGUGGCAUCACCCCCCCCCCCACUUCCUCUUCAUCAGCCCUCACCCCUCCCCAGCUCAAUCUUCACCUGAUGACCCGCCUCUGCAUCGACAGGCUGCGUCACAGAGUUGCUCAUCUCUGAUGGACAAGUUGGGGUGUGUGUGUGUGUGUGUGUGUGUGUGUGUGUGUGUGUGUGUGUGUGUGUGUGUGUGUGUGUGAGAGAGUUUGUCAGUUUGCUUAUUUUCUUUCUUGGCAGCGGUGAUGUGUAUUCAUUUUUUCACGUAAAGUCCACCUUUCUCCAGCAAGAGAACGCCAAUGUUUUUAUAAGACUACCUUUUAAGCUUUAAAAUUGUACUUUUUUUGUACUCAGCUUUGUACUAGGUAAUAUUUAACAUGCAGUAACUGUGUCACUAGGCCAGUGUACUGAAAAACACAUCAAGAGAGAAAAGAGAAAUAUUUUUAUAGUAUUUCCCCUUUAAGUUAUUUAUACCUACAUUUUUCUCUGCUACACUUCAAUUUGCUAGCAUUUCUGUUUGUAAUUCCACAGAAGAAGAAAAAUACACCUAACCAUAUGAUGCAUUACUUUCUGUACUUUUUAACUUUUACCAAACUCUUGAAGUAUUUCAAUUAAGUUAUUAGAACAGGUAUGUUCUUUCUUCAUUGUUAUAAGUAAUCUCACUUUUCCGAACUCUACAUUGCUACUGAGAACAUGUUUCAGAUUAUUUGAACAUUGUACCCCUCCUGUAUCACUGUAUCAUCAUAAUAUAACAGCAGAAAUGCAUUGCAGUCAAACAAGUUUUUUAUUCAGGUAGAAAGAAAAAAAGCAAUGGGUGGUAGUCUACAGCUGACUUGUAUCAUUACUUGAUGUUUCUUACUGCUUGACUGACAGCAUAUGUACAAACAGUGUGUACAGCAGUGCUGCCAUCAUCCCCAGCAUCACUGACUUGCCCUGCCAAACACAGCUCUUUUAGAGGGCUUCUUAUUUAUGCUUGAGUAGAGCUUUUUGAAAUAUAUUAUUUUUUAUUUUGUAAGUGUGUACAUUAUGCUUUCAAAAGCUUUUAAAAGCUAUCACGAUGUUUUGUGAAACUAAUUGGGGUCACUUUUUGAACGAGUUCAUGGGCCUGAUGAAAGCCGGCUUUCUGUUUUAAACGUGAGUAAUCAUGACUGAACAUAACUGCCAAUUGUACAUUUGACAACAUGAAGCUAAGGACAUUUUUUAAAUGAAGAUUUGUAUUCCGCUUGUAAAAUUAAGAUUCCUUUGAAAAGAUGUUGAAAAUCUGAUCGUUUCAGAGCUGAUUUUGAAGAAACUUAUUUCUCAAAGCUCUGUUUUAGUAGAUUUAGAGAAAUUAUUUGACAAUUAUUAUUAUCACCGCUGCCCACUGACAUACCUGCCACGGAGCAGUGAGUUCUGUACAUAAGAGCUUAAACACGUUAGAAUUUCAUGUUUCUGUGCACGACAGUUAAAUGUGAAUUAAAAUUAAACCAAUUUUAGAAAUGA